AUGGUGCAUCUGACCAAACUAUGUCGGUUUGCGUUCCAUAACCUCGAUGAUGCGAUUCCAACUCGCAUACUCUCUUUGGGGGUAUUAGGAGUUGGCAUAAAUCAACUCGUUGAGGAAAAACUCUGGAAAACCGGAUCUCCAGGUGUCAGUGGGGGACUUUUCACCAGUUUAGUUUUGGAAUUGCCAGAACUUGAGGUGGAUUAG